UUUGAGUAUCAAAGACAAAAUCCUCAUUUUAUCACAAUGAAAAUAGCCACAAAAAAAGUGUUAGUUUCAGCACAACCAUAUGAUCCGGGCACGAAUACAAUUACCCGUGUAAUCAAUCCAGGAGAUAAAGUUGAUAUUCCAUGUUCAGUAGUAACGCCCGGUGGUUCAGUUAGAUGGGCAUUAAAUAAUAAACCAAUACCAUUGGAUUCAAAUCAACGUCGUCAUUGGAAUAUAUCGAAUGAUGGUAAAGCAACAUUAACUAUAAAUCGUGUUACAAAAAUGGACGCUGGUCUAUGGGAAUGUUGGAAACUUGAUGGUGAUUUUAAUAUUCGACAAAAAGUUCCAAUUAUGCGAAUAGUAUUGAAUAAUGUACCUGAAGAACCAUAUCUUGAAUUUGAAGGACGUCUUUUAUCACCACAUAGUACAAUAUCUGUACGUGCCAAUAAUUUAAUCAAAAUUAAUUGUGUCAUCAAAGGAAUGACAUCAAUGAUCAAAUCAGUACAAUGGUUUGUUGGGCAAAAUAAUUUUACACAUCAAAGUCGUUUAUUGAUGGAAUAUUCAGCCGAAGAAGAUGUAUCAUUAACAAUAUCUGUAUUAACAUUAAAUGUUAGUGCGAAAUUUCAUCAUGAACCAUUAAUUUGUCAAAUAUCACAUUUAAGUUGGCCAAAUAUAGCCAAUGUUACGGCUAGAUUAAAUGUUUUAUACCCUCCAGAAUUUUCUAUUGUUCGUGAACCAGGAUUUGGUUUUCCAAUAAUCGAAGGAAUGGAUCUAAUAUUACGUUGUGAAAUUGAUGCCAAUCCAAUGAGUCCAGUUAGAUGGGAACGUGAUUCUGAUCCAAAAAUUUCCAAUGAUUCAUUAGCACCUAUUGAUACAAGUCCAGAUGGAACAUUGAUUAUAAGACCAAUAACAUUAAAAGAUAUUGGUUGGUAUCGUUGUGUAACUGAAAAUGAAUUAGGUUUUUUCGCUUCGGUUGGAUUUUUUAUUAAUGUUCGUGAAGCAUCGGAUGAAAUGACUGCAUUAGUUGAUCAAUUACGUUCACAAAAUCCACAUCUUCCAUCCAUACCAGAAUCAUCGGAUGAUUUUCAUCAUAGAUCAUCAUCAUCAUCAUCAUCAUCAAAUGAUUUUCGUAAAAUACAUGAUCAUUCAAAUCGAGAAUCACAUUUUCAAGCUUCUCGAUCAAAUGGACCAGAUUUUAAUAAUGGUUAUAAUAAUCAUCAGCCACAAAUUUCUUCUUCCUCAUCAUCAUCAAAUAAUGAAUGUUCACCAAAUAGUAAAUCAAUCAAUAAUGCCGAUGGCCGUCCAAUAAUUGAAUCAAUAAAUUCAACUGUAAUUGCAUUGAUUGGAUCACAGAUUACAUUGAUUGCACGUUUUUGUUGUAUUCCACGGCCGAAAAAAGUAUAUUGGAUACAUAGACAUUUAGCAAUGAUGCCAUCACGAAUUAUUGGCCGAUAUACAACACGUGAAUUGAUUAUGUCAUCAAAUUCAAUGAAUUGUUUUACAUCAAAUUUUAUAAUCGAUUCGGUUAAACCAGAAGAUGCUGGUGAUGUUAUGUUUAUGGUUUUAAAUCAAAAAGGUAUUGAUCAUGCAUUAAUAUCAUUAAAUGUUACAAUGGCUAGCUAUUCUAUUUCAUCAUCCUCAUCAUCAUCAUCGAAUGGAAUUACAACAACAUCGGCUGCAAUAUCGAUGAAAACAUCAAUAUCAAUGAUAUUAUUGAUUUCAAUGUUUAAUGUGAUAUUGAAUUAUCGGUUUUUGGGAAUGAAACAUAUUAUACAAAUAAACAACAACAGAUAGCAGAUGAAUUUUUGUUUGGUUUCUUUCAAUUUUUUUCACUUUCACUCUUAGUCACAAUCAAUUGAUACAUACAU